AUGCAGAACGAGUGGUUAGACAUAGGAGAUUUUUGCAUCCCAUUAGCAUUAAAAUGGCGCACUUUAAUUUAUGAUUGGUCGCCAGCAUUGCUAAAAUUCUAUCUCAAUGCGUUCCAGAUGACUCUCCCAGAUCAGAGUAAUUUAGUAAGAUGGGGUAAAAGUACCGAAAAAACUUGCUAUAUCUGUGGAAAGGCAGUUGGAACUGCUAAGCAUCUGCUGGUGGGAUGUAAGGUACUCCUUGACAGCGGUCAAUACUCGCGUCGUCACGAUAGGGUUUUAGAAGUCAUACGUUUUGUGAGAGAAGGCACUAGGGCUACAAAAUCAAACGUCAAGCCUUACUCCAUCCUUAAAGCGGCGUCGGAUUGGACUAUAAUGAUGGACACGUAUGAAAAACAAUAUAAAAUCCCCGAGGAUAUUUGUGCGUCGGCCUCCAGACCGGAUAUAUUUUUGUUUUCGCGAAUUUUAAGGCGCGUAGUGAUGAUAGAGCUUACGGUCCCUUGGGAAACCAACAUCCCCAAAGACCAUACCAUCAAGGUCAACAAAUAUUACGAGCUCACAAACGAACUCACUCGAAAUAGGUUCGUAGUAGAUUUGUACGCGGUAGAGGUGGGAGCGAGAGGUAUAACAGCGAAAUCUCUCUAUAACCUACUAAAGGACUUGGGCUUGUCCAGAACUCUCAUUAAUGCAUUCUUGGAACGUACAUCGAAGGCAGCCCUAGUAGGCUCUUUUCAAAUUUGGUUAGGUAGGGAGAGGAGCUUGGACAGUGGAGCUAAAAGUCCGAAGAAGAAAAAUACCCCUGGGACAGUCCGAGAGGGGGGGCGGAAGAACUGUCCACCGGUCGAUUCUAACGGCGAAAACGGCGCGAAUACGGACUUGAAAUGCUCUGCGUGCGGGAAAAACUACAAGAGACGAGCCUGGUACAUUAAACAUCUAAAAACACAUAAUGGGGUUGAAGCACGACAAUCGUCGGUAAGAUCUACAACAUUCACUUCGGAUAGAGUUGACCCUCAUGUAUCCCAUGGUGAACCAUUAACUGGAAACCACCAGGAGUCCAUUAACAUCAGGACACGUCUUAGCAUUCCUAAUCUAAAACAAUCGACUUGGAAAGUUCAUGACGACAACUUAGCGGUCCUGUUAGAGCAUCCGGGCUCGAAGCAGGAAUUGAACGCGCAGGUAGAAACUUUCCAAAAUACCGUUUAUGACUACUUUAGCGAGCAAUAUCCACCACGUAAUCGUUAUGCUCGCAAAAAUAAAGACAAUUCGUUCAAAUUAAAAAUGCGGAAGAAAAAACGGGAAUUAAUAAAAAAUCUACGUAUAGCCAAAGCUCUAGGCGACAAUCACCUUAGUCAUCAACUAGCUAGGGCGUUAAGGUCAAUCCUUAAAUUAAUCCAAGGAAUAUCGGCGCAAACUGCAGAAUAUCGCGAUAAUUUUGACCGGGCAAAACAAGAAGUAGAUUUCGAUAAAAACCCUUUUGAGUAUUCGAAAACCAUUUUUAAGAAAGAACGUGGACAGCUUCUCUUGACCAACGAUCAAAUUUACGACCAUUUUAAGAGCACAUACGAAGUGCCUAAAAGUUUAAGACGGUAUAGGGAUCCAAACGAUCAAAAACCUGAAUUUCCUCGAAUCGAAUUCCACGGCAUUCCACCAACGCUAGAGGAACUAAGUAGUCAGAUCAAGAGGAAGUCGUCUAAAUCUGCACCGGGACCCGAUGGUAUCCCAUAUAUAGUCUUUAAAAAAUGUGCAUCGGUUCGUAAACACCUCCUAAAUAUAUACGGUAAAAUCUGGUCAAGGAAGCAAAUCCCGGAGUGCUUCGGGAAAGCAAUUUUUGUCCUCAUUCCCAAAAAAGAUCGAGUUACUGAUCCGAAAGAUACUAGACCGAUAGCUUUAACAAAUACUAUAUCGAAAAUCUUUUUCUCGGUUCUACAAACGAGAAUGACGCGAUUCAUGCUCAGCAACAACUAUUUUAGGCCAAAUCACCAGAAAGGGUUUUUACCCGGGAUUUCUGGAUGCCUAGAACAUAACACCUUGCUGUCGGAGAGUUUGAAAGAUGCUAGAAAAAGCGAGCGGCAAAUCACUGUUUGUUGGAUAGACUUGGAGAACGCGUUCGGGUCGAUACAACACGAAUUGAUGCUAUUCGCGCUUAGAUGGUACAACUUUCCACCCCUAGUUAGAGAUAUGAUCGCGUCGUAUUACUCAAAAUUAAGGUUUUCUAUAAUAACUAAAGAAGGCCCUUCAAAAAGUUUGAGUUAUAAUGUAGGACUGUUUCAAGGUUGUUGUCUAUCUCCAAUUGCGUUUAAUAUCGUAAUUAACAUCUUAGUAGACAAAUUAAUCUGUAACGAGAAAAAAUGGGGUUAUCGGUUUAAGUUUAAUAAUAAAUACACGGAAUCCAUUUUAGCCUUCGCUGACGAUCUCGCAAUACUGACACGUAACCCCAAACACUGUCAGGUACUAUUGGAUGAAGUGGAUAAAUUCUGUGAGUGGACAGAUGGAUUGAGGACAAAACCCAGUAAAUGUCACUGUCUGUGUCUUGGUAGGCGGAAUACAAGAUACACCUCAUACGAUCCGGGACUAUCGUUAGGCGGUCAAUGCAUUUCUACGGUUACGGAAAAUGCACCAUUUAAAUUUCUCGGUCGUAAGAUAGAUAAUAUAGGCCGUACUCCAUCUUUAGAAGGAAUAGUAGAUAGCUUUUUGAACGAUCUUGACAAGGUAGAUAGCCAACUGAUAAGUAACGUCAAAAAAGCGUGGAUCUACGAGAAUUACUUAACUUCACGUUUGAAUUGGCCUUUCCUCGUCUAUGAUUUUAAUAAAACCCUUUUGUCAAAGUUAGAUGCAGGCGUCAUAAAGAUGUUGAAGUUGUGGCUCGGGCUCGCUCUAACGGCUGAUUCAUCGGCGUUAUUUAGGGGAAGCAAUAGUUUUGGGAUGAGUCUAAAAAGGCCAUCGGAGCUCUAUAAACACCUAAGAGUUUCCAAGAGAUAUAUCCUGGGGAAAUCCCAUGAUGACAUAGUAACAUCGCUCCCAAAAGAUGAAGAUGCCCCCGAGCUAGAGUCACGACUUCAAUUCCAUAAGCAAUUUAUGAUAGGAGCGCAAAGUAACAGAGCGGGGUUAGGAUCAAAUAGGAAAGUCCAAGAUGCGGAUAUAUUGAAGUCUUUUAUUCGGCAAGACGAGAAUGAUAAAUAUAAGAUCCAUGCAAUGAAUUUAGAAAUGCAGAACGAGUGGUUAGACAUAGGAGAUUUUUGCAUCCCAUUAGCAUUAAAAUGGCGCACUUUAAUUUAUGAUUGGUCGCCAGCAUUGCUAAAAUUCUAUCUCAAUGCGUUCCAGAUGACUCUCCCAGAUCAGAGUAAUUUAGUAAGAUGGGGUAAAAGUACCGAAAAAACUUGCUAUAUCUGUGGAAAGGCAGUUGGAACUGCUAAGCAUCUGCUGGUGGGAUGUAAGGUACUCCUUGACAGCGGUCAAUACUCGCGUCGUCACGAUAGGGUUUUAGAAGUCAUACGUUUUGUGAGAGAAGGCACUAGGGCUACAAAAUCAAACGUCAAGCCUUACUCCAUCCUUAAAGCGGCGUCGGAUUGGACUAUAAUGAUGGACACGUAUGAAAAACAAUAUAAAAUCCCCGAGGAUAUUUGUGCGUCGGCCUCCAGACCGGAUAUAUUUUUGUUUUCGCGAAUUUUAAGGCGCGUAGUGAUGAUAGAGCUUACGGUCCCUUGGGAAACCAACAUCCCCAAAGACCAUACCAUCAAGGUCAACAAAUAUUACGAGCUCACAAACGAACUCACUCGAAAUAGGUUCGUAGUAGAUUUGUACGCGGUAGAGGUGGGAGCGAGAGGUAUAACAGCGAAAUCUCUCUAUAACCUACUAAAGGACUUGGGCUUGUCCAGAACUCUCAUUAAUGCAUUCUUGGAACGUACAUCGAAGGCAGCCCUAGUAGGCUCUUUUCAAAUUUGGUUAGGUAGGGAGAGGAGCUUGGACAGUGGAGGUGAGCGUAUAACGCGCGUUAGUUAA